AUGCCUGCAACGAACGGAGCCAGCCCGGUGAACGGGACCUCGUUAUCCGCAAAACACCAAAGCCUCCCGUCGCAUUUUAUCGGCGGAAACCACCUGGACGUGGCACCCCCGAGCAAGGUCAAGGAUUUCGUGGCCGCUCAUGAGGGACACUCGGUCAUCACAUCGGUGCUUAUCGCAAACAACGGUAUUGCCGCAGUCAAAGAGAUUCGAUCGGUACGAAAAUGGGCCUACGAGACGUUCGGCAACGAGCGGGCCAUCCAAUUCACAGUGAUGGCCACGCCCGAGGAUUUGCGCGCUAAUGCAGACUACAUCCGGAUGGCGGACCAAUAUGUGGAGGUUCCGGGUGGUACGAAUAACAACAACUACGCCAAUGUCGAGUUGAUUGUCGAUAUUGCGGAGCGAAUGGACGUGCACGCCGUGUGGGCAGGAUGGGGACAUGCCUCGGAGAACCCGAGAUUACCAGAGGCCCUGGCCGCUUCCCCCAAGAAAAUCCUCUUCAUUGGACCUCCCGGCUCCGCUAUGCGAUCUCUCGGAGACAAGAUUUCGUCAACGAUAGUCGCUCAGCAUGCGGGGGUCCCCUGCAUUCCGUGGUCUGGUACGGGCGUUGACGAAGUCAAAAUCAAUGAGGAUGGCAUCGUGACAGUCGAGGAUGAAGUCUACCAAAGAGGAUGCACCCAUUCCCCCGAGGAGGGUCUCGAGGCGGCCCGGAAGAUCGGCUUCCCCGUCAUGAUCAAGGCUUCCGAGGGUGGUGGUGGUAAGGGUAUCCGGAAGGUGGAACGCGAAGAGGAUUUCAUCAGCAUGUACAACGCAGCAGCCAGCGAAAUCCCAGGUUCGCCCAUCUUCAUCAUGAAGCUGGCUCCCAACGCGAGACAUCUCGAGGUCCAGCUGCUCGCCGAUCAAUACGGCAACAACAUCUCCCUCUUCGGCAGAGACUGUUCCGUCCAACGGCGACACCAGAAGAUCAUCGAAGAGGCCCCAGUCACCAUCGCAAAGCCGGCCACCUUCCAGGCCAUGGAGCGCGCCGCCGUCCGCCUGGGAAAGCUGGUGGGUUACGUCUCUGCGGGUACCGUCGAAUACCUGUAUUCGCACUCCGAUGACAAGUUCUACUUCCUGGAGCUGAACCCCCGACUGCAAGUCGAGCAUCCUACCACCGAGAUGGUCACUGGUGUCAACCUGCCCGCUGCCCAGCUGCAGAUUGCCAUGGGUAUCCCGCUCCAUCGCAUCCGAGAUAUUCGUCUCCUGUACGGUGUCGAUCCUCACACCUCGUCCCCCAUUGAUUUCGACUUCUCCAGUGAAGAGAGCCACAAGACUCAGCGUCGGCCGCAGCCCAAGGGCCACACCACGGCAUGCCGUAUCACUUCAGAGGACCCCGGCGAGGGCUUCAAGCCCUCGAGCGGAACCAUGCACGAGUUGAACUUCCGAAGCUCCUCGAACGUGUGGGGUUAUUUCUCAGUGGGCACCUCUGGCGGAAUCCACAGCUUCUCCGACAGCCAGUUUGGCCAUAUUUUCGCCUACGGUGAGAACCGAUCGGCGUCCCGGAAGCACAUGGUGGUUGCCCUCAAAGAACUGAGCAUCCGCGGUGACUUCCGAACUACCGUCGAAUACCUCAUCAAGUUGCUCGAAACCCCGGCCUUCGAGGAGAACACCAUCACGACGGGCUGGCUGGACCAACUGAUCUCGAACAAGUUGACUGCAGAGCGUCCGGACCCGAUCCUGGCGGUCAUUUGCGGAGCGGUCACCAAAGCCCACCAGGCCAGCGAGGCCUGUAUUGCGGAAUACCGGAAGGGACUCGAGAAAGGUCAGGUCCCGUCUAAGGAGGUUCUCAAGACGGUCUUCCCGGUGGACUUCAUCUACGAAGGUUCUCGAUACAAGUUCACCGCCACCAGAGCAAGUGUGGACAGCUACCAUCUCUUCAUCAACGGCUCCAAGUGCUCUGUGGGUGUUCGUGCCUUGGCGGACGGCGGUUUGCUGAUCCUCUUGAAUGGACGGAGUCACAAUGUCUACUGGAAGGAAGAGGCGGCCGCCACGCGUCUGAGCGUGGAUGGGAAGACCUGCUUGCUGGAACAGGAAAAUGAUCCGACUCAGCUCCGCACUCCCAGUCCCGGAAAACUGGUCAAAUUCACGGUCGAGAACGGCGAUCACGUCAAAGCGGGCCAGCCGUUCGCAGAGGUCGAGGUCAUGAAGAUGUACAUGCCACUGAUUGCCCAGGAGGACGGUACCGUGCAGUUCAUCAAGCAGCCCGGUGCGACGCUGGAGGCCGGUGACAUCCUGGGAAUCCUCACUCUGGAUGAUCCGUCCCGUGUGAAGCACGCCCAGCCGUUCCUCGGACAGCUGCCCGAUUUCGGUCCCCCACAGGUGGUGGGUAACAAGCCUCCCCAGAGAUUCACGCUCCUUCAUAGCAUUCUCCAGGACAUCCUCAAAGGCUACGACAACCAGUUCCUCAUGAAGUCCACGCUGAAGGAGUUGGUUGAGGUGCUGCGCGACCCCGAACUUCCGUACGGAGAGUGGAAUGCUCAGUUCUCCGCCCUCCACUCGCGGAUGCCGGGCAAGCUGAGCAGUCAACUGACACAGGUGGUCGACCGCGCCAAGGCGAGAAAGGCCGAGUUCCCAGCCAAACAGCUUCAGAAGACGCUCGUCAAGUUCAUCGAGGAGAAUCUCAAUCCCGCCGACGCGGAGAUUCUCAAGACCACCCUCCUGCCUCUCACACAUGUGAUUGAUAUGUACAAGGAUGGCCUCAAGGCACACGAGUUCAAUGUGUUUAUCGGCCUCUUGGAACAGUACUGGGAUGUUGAGAGCAAAUUCACGGGACGGAAUACCCGGGAUGAGGAGGUGAUCCUGAAACUGCGAGACGAGAACAAAGAUGACAUUCUCUCCGUCAUCCAGACGGUGCUCUCCCAUAGCAAGAUCGGCUCGAAGAACAACCUUGUCCUGGAAAUCUUGGAGAUGUACCGCCCGAACAAGCCUAACGUUGGUAAUGUCGGGCAGUACUUCAAGCCGAUCUUGCGGAAACUGACCGAGCUGGAAUCUCGGGCGGCAUCCAAGGUUGCCUUGAAGGCUCGUGAACUCCUGAUUCAAUGCGCGCUCCCCUCGUUGGAGGAAAGGGCUGCCCAGAUGGAGCAUAUCUUGCGUUCCUCUGUGGUCGAAUCACGAUAUGGCGAGACGGGCUGGGAUCACCGGGAACCCGACCUCAACGUUCUCAAGGAAGUGGUCGAUUCCAAGUACACCGUCUUCGACGUCCUUCCGCAGUUCUUCUCGCACCCGGACCCUUGGGUCACCUUGGCUGCUCUCGAAGUUUACGUUCGCCGUGCGUAUCGAGCCUACACGAUAAAAGGCAUCCACUAUCACACCGACAACGACACGCCUUAUGUAUCCUGGGACUUUGCGCUGGGCAAGAUUGGCCAGGGUGACUUCGGCAUGCCCGUCGACUCCUCUCACCCAUCGACGCCCAGCACGCCCACUACUGACACGGCGAAUCCAUUUAUGAAGCGCAUCAACUCCAUCAGUGACAUGUCCUACUUGGUCAACGCCGACCCGAAUGAGGCUCCCCGGAAGGGUGUCAUUAUCCCCGUUCAGUAUUUGGAAGAGGCAGAAGAGAACCUGAUCCGAGCUCUCGAGGUCUUCCCUCGUGGCAGUGCCAAGCCGAGGAAGAGUCUCGAGAACAACCUCAUCGCCGAGCUCGAGGGCAAGCGGAGGCCCGGCCAACGAUCCGACAGCGAUGGCGAACUCACCGGGGUUUGCACCGUCGCCAUCCGUGAUGUGGAAAGCCUGGAUGAUGCUCAGCUCUUUGCCCAGUUUAACACCAUCGUUCAGAACCACAAGGAAGAGCUGCUGGAGCGCCACGUUCGUCGGGUGACUUUCAUCUGUGGUCACAAGGAUGGUGCCUACCCGGGCUAUUUCACCUUCCGUGGCCCGCUGUACGAGGAAGAUGAGAGCAUUCGGCACAGCGAGCCCGCUCUGGCCUUCCAACUGGAACUGGGCCGUCUGUCCAAGUUCAAGAUCAAGCCUGUCUUCACGCAGAACAGGAACAUCCAUGUGUACGAAGCGAUCGGAAAGGGUCCCGAGAAUGACAAGGCGGUCGACAAGCGAUACUUCACCCGUGCCGUUGUGCGUCCUGGCCGUCUCCGGGAUGAUAUUCCCACGACGGAGUACUUGAUCUCCGAAGCGGACCGACUCUUGAACGAUAUCCUCGACGCCCUGGAGGUUAUUGGAAACAACAACUCGGACAUGAACCAUAUCUUCAUCAAUUUCUCGCCCGUGUUCAAUCUUCAGCCCAAGGAUGUCGAGGAGGCCCUGGCUGGUUUCCUGGAGCGGUUUGGCCCUCGUCUGUGGCGACUGCGGGUGACUGGAGCUGAGAUCCGUAUCCUGUGCACUGACCCAGUCUCUGGAAUGCCUUACCCACUCCGUGUCAUUAUCCAGAACACGUAUGGAUUCAUCAUUCAGAUUGAAUUGUACGUGGAGAAGAGGUCCGAGAAGGGUGAGUGGAUCUUCCACAGCAUCGGAGGCACGAACAAGAUCGGCUCGAUGCACCUGCGUCCUGUCUCGACUCCAUACCCGACCAAGGAAUGGCUGCAGCCCAAGCGGUACAAGGCCCACCUGAUGGGUACGCAAUAUGUGUACGACUUCCCCGAGCUGUUCCGUCAAGCUUUCCAGAACAGCUGGACGAAGAGCAUCGAGAAGAUCCCAUCGCUUGCUGAGAAACGGCCGCCCGUUGGCGAAUGCAUCGAAUACAACGAACUCGUCUUGGACGACAAGGAUAACCUGGUGGAGGUAAAUCGAGAAGCUGGAACCAACACGCACGGUAUGGUUGGGUGGAUCGUGACUGCGUACACGCCCGAGUAUCCUCGUGGCCGGCGAUUCAUUAUCGUCGCCAACGAUAUCACCUACCAGAUCGGCUCCUUUGGGCCGCAGGAAGACAAGUUCUUCCACAAGUGUACGGAGCUCGCGAGGAAGCUUGGAAUCCCGCGCGUCUACCUCUCUGCAAACUCGGGUGCCCGUAUCGGAAUGGCCGAGGAGCUGAUCCCCUACUUCAAUGUUGCUUGGAAUGACCCCGAGAAGCCGGAGGCUGGGUUCAAAUACCUCUAUUUGACCCCCGAAGUCAAGAAGAAAUUCGACGAGCGAAAGAACAAGGAGGUCAUUACGGAGGUUGUCUACGAAGAUGGUGAGGAGAGACACAAGAUCACGACGAUUGUCGGAGCCAAGGAUGGCCUGGGUGUUGAGUGUUUGCGAGGCUCGGGUCUGAUUGCGGGUGCCACAUCGCGGGCGUAUGAAGACAUUUUCACCAUCACCCUGGUGACAUGUCGUUCGGUCGGUAUCGGUGCCUAUCUGGUCCGUCUUGGACAGAGAGCGAUCCAGGUCGAGGGUCAGCCCAUCAUCCUUACCGGUGCGCCUGCCAUCAACAAGCUGCUGGGCCGAGAAGUGUACACGUCCAACCUGCAGCUUGGUGGAACGCAGAUCAUGUACAGGAACGGUGUCUCCCACAUGACGGCCAAUGACGACUUUGAGGGUAUCCAGAAGAUCGUUGACUGGAUGUCCUACGUGCCGGACAAGAAGGGUUCCCCGGUUCCCAUCACUCCGUUCUCCGACACCUGGGAUCGUGACAUUGCUUACUACCCGCCUCCUAAGCAGACGUACGACGUGAGGUGGCUCAUUGCCGGUAAGCAAGAGGAGGAUGGUUUCCUUCCUGGUCUGUUCGAUAAGGACUCCUUCCAGGAGAGUCUUGGCGGAUGGGCCAGAACGGUGGUCGUUGGCCGUGCCAGACUCGGCGGUAUCCCUCUGGGAGUCAUUGCCGUGGAGACCCGGUCCGUUGACAAUGUCACUCCUGCGGAUCCUGCCAAUCCCGACUCGAUGGAGAUGGUCACCACCGAAGCUGGUGGAGUGUGGUUCCCUAACUCCGCUUUCAAGACCGCACAGGCUCUCCGUGACUUCAACAAUGGCGAACAGCUUCCGGUCAUGAUUCUGGCCAACUGGCGUGGUUUCUCGGGUGGACAGCGUGACAUGUACAACGAAGUCCUCAAGUACGGUUCGUACAUUGUCGACGCUCUGGUCAAGUAUGAGCAGCCCAUCUUCGUCUACAUUCCGCCAAAUGGUGAGCUUCGUGGUGGUUCCUGGGUGGUCAUCGAUCCUACCAUCAACCCGGAUCAGAUGGAAAUGUACGCCGACGAAGAAUCUCGUGGUGGUGUUCUCGAGCCUGAGGGUAUUGUGAACAUCAAAUUCCGUCGCGAGAAGCAACUCGACACGAUGGCUCGACUGGAUCCCAUCUAUGGCGAGCUCCGACGCGCGCUCGAAGACAAGUCUCUCAGCACGGAGCAGCUGUCGGAGGUCAAGGCGAAGAUGGCUGCCCGUGAGGAGCAACUUCUCCCGGUGUACACGCAGAUCGCGCUGCAGUUCGCCGACCUCCAUGAUCGGGCGGGCCGAAUGGAGGCCAAGGGAGCGAUCCGUCGGCCUCUGCAGUGGAAGGACGCGAGGCGAUUCUUCUACUGGCGUCUGCGCCGUCGCUUGAGUGAGGAGCUGAUCCUGAAGCGAAUGAUCGAGGCAGCACCGCACCAGCCAGCUCGACCCGCUGAUAUCGGCGCCAUUCCGGCCAACGGAUCUGCUACUUCUUCUCAGCCUUCUGUUCGGGAGACUCACCUGCAGACUCUGCGGUCCUGGACCGGUCUGCUGGACGACGAAUUCGAGCGCAAUGACCGCAAGGUGGCGCUGUGGUACGAAGAGAACAAGAAGACGAUCUACUCGAAGAUUGAGGCCCUCAAGACGGAAUCGGUGGCCUAUGACGUUGCCCAGCUGCUGAUGAGCAACAAGGAGGGUGGACUCAAGGGAGUCCAGCAAGUGCUGAGCAUGCUGCCAGUGGAGGAGCGGGAAUGGGGGAAUAGAAGGCCGUUUUACGAUGGGCCAUGGGAUGGAGGUUGGAAUGUCUCAUUCGUUCGUUUUUUUUUUCUUUGUCAACGUGAUAACAAGCAUGUGGUUAUGUGUGUAUUAGUAAAUAAUAAAUACAUACUGUACUCAAGUCAAACUCUCACUUUGUCCGAUCCAGAGGUAUUGUACUGUGCAAAAAUGUUAACCCUUCACUUUGUCUGGCCUUUGGUAUCAGCAUAUAAUAUGACCUACUGGUAA